GCAUAUUUUUUUAUCUCAUCGGCAUGCGCAUGUCGUCGACAAUAUGGCUGACUUGUUAAAUUAGGAAGAAAGAUGACGAUGACCGUUGCUUCUAAACCUUUUUAUAAGGAUCAAAAAUGUUGGGACAAACUAAAAGUGGGUUUUCUGAUUGGUGCGUGUGUAGGAAUAGCCUCCGGAGCAAUUUUUGGUGGAUAUAGAGGAUUGCGGUUUGGUUACCGGGGUCAAGAAUUAAUAUAUCACACUACAAAAGAGAUGUCAAGUGGAGCAAUAACUUUUGGAACAUUUAUGGCAAUUGGAACUGGUAUUCGAUGCUAAUGUAUGGAAAGCAAUGUACAUAAUUUUAGACUAUCUUGGCUUAUAUUGUAAAAUCUCAGUAUAUAUGAUGUGUAUUAAAAUAAAAUAAUUUUAAGGAAAUAAUGAUGUUACCUUCUGAGGCAAUUACUGUAGAAUUAUCAAUAGGGUUCGUUUUUCCAGGAAUGUUUGUUCCAAAACUUAAAUGUCGAAUUUUGUGCGUUAAAUUGAAUUGUGAGAUAGAAAAUGGUUGUAAAUCGUGUACUGAAAUGGAAUUUAAUGAAUUAAUUGCUGUUGUAUAAUUUUAA